AUGCUUGGAAUUGAAGGCCUCAAUGAUGCCUCCUUCCGUGGCGAUGAGCACUGGAGAAGAGCAUCGAAGUGGACAGGAUAUGCACCAUGGUUCGUGCUUGCGAUUGGGCUUCUGAGCAUGGCUGAGAUCGCCCUUGGGGCGGUAUGGAUUGCAUCGCUAAGCACCGACCUGAACUUCGGUCAGGUCAUCCAACCUAUCCUCAUCCCUGGGCUGGCCUUCUUUAAUGCGAUCCCUUCUCUCCACUUACACGUGCUUGCCCGGGCCAAUCCACCUCGACUGGCUCUGUGGUUUUCCACAACAUUCUCAAUAAUCCAUUUCGUCAGCUCUAUCCUCUUCAUGGGCGCAUGUGUCGGAAAUCAUUCGCAUGGGUCGCUGCAACGCAAUGAAUGUCCCUCGGCCACCGGUGGGAAUGGAGAUAUCUGGGAUGUCAUGGUCGCCUUGCAGUUUAUCAGUGCAGUUCUCUAUGGGUUGGUCGCCGCCAUGGCUUGGAGAGUCAAAAAGGCUGUCGAGGCAAGGGAUGAGAGGAUUGCUCAGGGCGUGGAAAUGGUAAGCGAGGAAGAGAAACAGAGAAGGGAGAGCGAGGCGAGGGAGAGGUGGAAAUACCUCUCUGCAGGUUGA